AUAAUUGAUCAUCCUCCCGCGCAGUCGCAUGUCGUAUGCGCUGGGAUAGCUGGGAUUGUUUAUCACGGACGAACAGUCGCGGACAGAAAAAUGUGAUUUGCAGUUUAGUAAUGUAGGACUAGGACAGAGUAAUGCCGUUUUAAUUAUAAAUAUAUAAUAAAAGUCGAACGCGCGCGGUCGAAGACUAAUCAGAAUGACCAAUCAAGAUACAAAUAAUAAUGCUCUUUCAUUACGGGAGAGUCUAGUGAAAACGGCAGUACAGUUUCUACAAAAUCCCAAAGUGUCAUCGAGUCCGUUAAUGCAAAAGCAAGAAUUUCUUAAAAGAAAAGGCCUGACGGAUGAAGAGAUUAAAACAGCUUUCAAGCUAGCAUCUGUUGACAAUACGGCCGAUCGCAAUGCUCUUCAGAAUCAGAAUCCGUACACCGCUAUACAAAUGUCACAAGGACCUAUCUAUCCAUAUCAUCCGACAAAUGUUUACCAAUUGACACUUUUGCAAAAAGUCAAAGAUAUCUUUAAUGUGACUGCAUUUAUUGGCGCAACAGCAUAUUUUGUCUAUUGGCUUUAUAAGAAAUUUAUAGAAUCCUUUUUAUUUGGUCGAAAAAAGAAGAGCACCGUAGAAGACAGGAUAAUCGAAUUAGAUAAGACCGUUCAAGAUUCCAUGAAAGAAAUGAAAGCCUCAAUUUUAAAGAUGGAAAGUGAGGUGCAAAAAUUGACUCAGCAUCAAGCAUUGGAUCCUACUAUUCCACAAUUGGUGCAUGAACUGAAGCAAGAUUUGUCUAGUCUAAAAGCUUUACUUUUAUCAAGGAAACAGUUUCCUAGUGCCCCUGCUUCUAUUCCACCAUGGCAGUUGGAUACAACAAACGUAAGUCAAGAAAAGGCAACUGAACGAGAGGAUGAUGCUGGAAGUGGAAGUAGUACCAAUAAUUCAGAUAGUUCUUUGGAAAUGAUCCGAGAAGACCCGCCCAAAGAAUAAAUUUAGGAAUUUCGUAUAUCAUAUAAUCAGAUAUAACGAUAUUUUUCAAUGUACGAUAUACUCUGCAUAAUAUGUUGAAACGGAUGAUGGUUUUUCAAUAUUAUACUGUAUUCAAAAUAUAUUAUUUUUAAAAUCAAAAGGUAUCUGUUUUCAAUCUAUUGUCAAAAAUAGAUACCUUUUUUAUUUAAAAUCAAAGAUGUGUUAUUUUUAUACAAAUAGAAUUAUAUAGGGUUUUUAAUAAAAACGGUUCAGGAUUAGAAAGAAUUCUGUGAAAAGAACCUUUUCUUUUUUAACAUCCUAUAUACUGAUAGCUGAAAUAUAUAUUUUUAGUAAAAUUCGUGAUUUUCUGAAUGUUUUAAUAUCAACCAUUACAAAGAAUACCUUUGAAGAGAGGUUCGUGAUAAAAUCAUAAAACAGUUUUAUAUAUUAGUUGUGUCGCCUUUGUUACAAUAAGAUGAGGAACAAAUUGGUCGAAUAAAUAUAUUGAAUGAAUGGGGAUAAUGGCAUAUUUCCUUGCUUACAAAUUUAAUAAAAUAUAUUCUUUGUAUAAGAUCUAAACAGUGUUUAUAAUUUUUUACUUUGAUACUUUAUACCAUCACUGUACAAAUAUAAGAUAAAUAGGAAGAAAAUAUAUAUAAUUAAAAAUUAAUGAUUUUUGAAAAGUUUUCAGAUGAUUAGAGGGAAUGAUUUUGAUUUUUUAAUUGCGGGAUUUAUGGUAAUUAAUGAAUAUAUUCUACAAAUAUUUACAUAAUAUGUAAGAAACUUUUUUUGUAGAUUUGUAAGAAUCAGGUUGUUUCAUGUGAAGACAAAUCAAAUGUAACAAUUUGCCAGGAAAUAAGAUUGUAAAAUUAACUGCUUAAUAUUUUAUGUAAACAUCAUGGUAUUUUAAUCUCGAGUUAAAUCGGAGAUAGUCACAAUACAAAGUACCAUACUAAAGAAUCUCAAAUUUUAUAUCAAAGAUGAACUUUUGUGUCACAUUAAUAUCACAAACUGAAAAACUCGUGUAUUUUUACAUUAUAGUACUUGUCCACAUCCGUGUCACAAACUUAUAGAUACGCACGUGUAUAUGUAUACGUGUGUCGAGAUAUAAUUUUAUUGAAUAAAUAGAUGUUAACAUUAUUUCCAUUCAGAAUAUUAUAUGCAUUGCCCAUGGAUCGUAUCUUGAGAGAAUGAUUGAUUAUUAUAUACAACAGAAAGAGCAAUUCUAUAAUACACAAAAUAGAAAAUAUUUAAAUAAAAAACUUUCUUUAUUGGGAAAUGAUUGAUGUUAUUAGAUCUUAUGUGCAUGGGCAUAUUAUUCUUUUUUGAAAGAUUGUACGAACAAAUCGAUUUUACAUUUAUAUAUAAAUGCAUAUGUAUGCAUAUAUAUAUAUGUACAUAUAUGUAAAUAUUUUUUAGAUGGAAUCUACAUAUAUUUCGUAACUUAUAUUAUAUAUCGAUCAUUCAUACAAAAAUCAGUCGCACUGCAUUAAAUACAUUCCGAGUAAUAUGUACAAAUUGUAUAAUGUCUGAUAUUAUUAUUAUAUGAUUAAAUGAGCGAACGAAGU